AUGGGUGGGUCGGCGACCCGGUGCAGUGUCGCCGCAUUAGGGUAUUUUACGCCCAGCUGCCUCCCCGGGAUCGGGACGUUGCAGGAUGGCGGGGUCGCAGCCAACUGUCCAUUGCGGGCCGCCCUGCGGGAGAGCCAGAUUAUCUGGCCGACCCGCACGCAGCCGGACCUGGUGGUCAGCAUCGGCACGGGUUACAGCACCGAGGAGCCGGCGUCUGAUGCAACAGAGGACGAUGGGCCGCUUCGCGGCGGGUUCAUCGCUAGGGCUAUUCGCACCUUCCUGUCUUCGCCAGCGGUCGACGGGCGGCGCGGCUGGCUCGACGCCUGGGACAGUGUCCCGGAGACGCUCCGCGCCGAUGUCUUCCGGCUUGACCGAGCCAUCGCUGGCCCCCUGCCCGAGCUGGAUGACGCCGAGGCGAUGGAGGGUCUCGGUACGUACCCUUACCGCGUGCCGGACGGGCUGAUGAGAGCGUGGCUGGCCAAGUCUUUCUUCCUCGAACUGGACGAGACUCCCACCGUGACCGCCCAGGGCCUUGUGUGCCGGGGUUCCGUCCUGUGCUGUCGUUCGGACACUGCCACUUUGAUCCGUCAAACCCAGUGCCACUUCCCUGGCGCUCGGUUCAUGUACGGGAACCGUGACCUGGGUGCGGUCAGCAACACUGAUGGAUGCUCCGCCUGUGGCUACUAUCGUAAGCGUGUCAUCCUGCAGGUUACGAGCUUGAGCGAAGACCUGCAGCUUGGCAUCUCCAGCUCGACAGCGUUCCGUGCCUUGGGCGGUUUCCCCACGUCUGUGCAGGCGCUGCUGGACGCUCAACAAGCCGACGCGCCGUUUGGGCGGGCCGAUCAUGGUCGGGACCGAUGGCCGCCGCCCCGGCGUUGCUACUGUAGAAACCUCAAACGGACGGGCACGGAGGGGAUGGAAAGCAAAUCGACCACCAAGCGUCGAAGGCUAUAG